UUCAUCGAUAGGGGCUUGUUCGUUCAUAUCGAUCUAUAUAAGCACUCAACCGUCAUCCAUUCUGUUACUUCAUAUUUCAUAACCAUCAAGCUAGUUCAAAAACUUUACUAGUUCUCCUCAUCUAGUCUUUGCUUACAUAGGUAUGGCCAUUUUUAUGUUUAGAGAUAGCAAUGAUGGUUGGACAACCCUGAGGCAGUUAGGGUCACAAUUGAUCCUUGGAAGAUGGUUCAUGGCCUUCGGGUCUAUCUUAAUCAUGGCUAUGUCUGGUUCAGGCUACAUGUUCGGGCUUUUUUCAAACAACAUAAAAUCCUCAAUGGGCUAUGAUCAAGCCACUCUCAAUCUUCUUAGCUUCUUCAAAGAUAUGGGUAGCAACGUAGGUGUAUUUUCGGGUCUCAUCAAUGAGAUCACCCCACCUUGGGUGGUCCUCUUUAUUGGAGCCCUGAUGAACUUUGGCUAUGUCAUGAUUUGGCUUGCUGUCACCGGGCGUCUCAAGGGAGUUCCUGUAUGGCAAAUGUGUCUCUACAUUUGCAUAGGAGCUGACUCACAAUCCUUUGCUAACACAGGUGGCUUAGUAACUUGUGUGAAGAACUUCCCUGAAAGCAGAGGAAUUGUGCUAGGAUUAUUGAAGGGAUAUGUGGGUCUAAGUGGUGCAAUCCUUACACAACUCUACCAUACAUUCUAUGGUAACAACUCUAAGGGCCUAAUUUUGUUCAUUGCUUGGCUUCCUGCAGCUGUUUCCAUUAUUUUCCUGCCAACUAUAAGAGUUAUGAAGGUGGAUCCAAAUCAAAAACGAAACGAGGUCAAGGUCUUCUACAAUUUGCUCUACAUAUCACUCUCACUCGCCGGGUUUCUCAUGGUCUUAAUAGUAGUGCAAAAUAGUCUUAUUUUCACUAGGAUCGGAUACUAUACAAGCGCCUUGGUUAUUAUUUUCCUCCUCUUUCUCCCCCUUGCUAUUGUUGCGAAAGAAGAGUACUGUAACUUCUAUCUUCCAACCCCAAGGAAGAUAGAUGAUUCCACCCUAGAGAUUGUAGCCAAAGCAAGAUCAGGUGAAAAUCCGCGAAUAAAGGAGGACUCGAAUGAUGACCCAAAGAACCAUGUUUCUUGCUUAACUAACAUAUUCAAGCCACCAAACAGAGGAGAAGACUUCACCAUACUCCAAGCCCUCUUUAGCAUUGACAUGAUCAUCCUUUUUGUAACUACCAUUUGCGGGCUAGGUGGGACCCUAACCGCCAUUGAUAACUUAGGCCAAAUCGGAAAAUCUUUGGGCUACCCAACACAUAGCAUAACCACAUUUGUCUCCCUAGUGAGCAUAUGGAACUACCUAGGUCGAGUUUGUGCAGGAUUUGGCUCUGAGAUUGUCCUAGCAAAGUACAAGUUUCCAAGGCCCAUGUUCUUGACUAUAGUCCUGCUUUUCUCUUGUAUAGGCUAUCUCCUCAUUGCAUUCGCCGUCCCUAACUCUCUCUAUGUCGCUUCAGUGAUCAUUGGGUUCUGCUUCGGAUCCCAAUGGCCAUUAAUAUACGCCAUCAUUUCGGAAAUUUUCGGACUCAAAUAUUAUGCCACACUCUAUAAUUUUGGGUCCAUAGCAAGUCCAGUUGGGUCCUAUAUAUUCAAUGUGGUUGUCACAGGUAAGCUAUACGAUAGGGAGGCUUUGAGACAGUUAUAUGCCAAGGGAUUGAAAAGAAAAACAGGAGAAGAUCUGAAUUGUGUUGGUGCAGAAUGUUAUAAGGUUUCUUUUAUUAUUAUUACUGGUGCUACAUUGUUUGGGAGUUUGGUUUCAUUUAUCUUAGUGCUUAGGACUAGGAACUUUUAUAAAGGUGAUAUAUACAAGAAGUUUAGAGAAGACACUAAUAAUGUUGGGAAUGAGAAUGUUAUUGUGGUAAGAAAUAAUGAAAAUCUGCCUGCUAAAGAGAGUGAAAGUAGUCUAUCUAAUGCUGAAUAG